AUGUCAAAUGACACCUUUUCAGGCGGCUUGUUGGCCGACUAUUCCGCCGCUGCUCAAGGCGCAAUAGCAAGCGACUAUGUGCUACGCUGGAAGCUCGUCGGCGCUCUUUUUAUCAUGCUCGUUGUCUCUCAAGUCACUAAGAUGAUCUACCGCGCGCACAUCGACCCUUUGCGAGCUAUACCAGGGCCUUGGAUCAGUUCAGCAACAUCAGCCUGGAUUCGCUGGCAGCGAUGGCAUGGCAGAUUGUCCUUUGAGGCAGACAAGCUCAUGACCAAAUAUGGGCCCAUCGUUAGGAUCGCUCCUAACCUUGUUAUCCUUAACGAUUCUGAGGCAGUGGAGAGGAUCUUUGUAAGAAAAGACCUUGACACUUCGCCAAAAUCCAUCCGAGCCUUGCGCGUAGGCGGUCAUGACUGGACCGUUACAUACCCACAACACCCGAUUGCUCGCCAGAGACGACAUCCAGUCAUGAUCGCCACCACCACGAAGAACAUGAAGCUCUGGCAUGACGUCUUCGUGACCAACAUCGAAGCCAUGGUUCGCGAUCUCGCAAAGUCAGACGGCGAAAAGUCCGAAGACAUCGUAUACCACCUGCGCAUAGCCACUCUUAGGAACUCUCAAGUCGUCAUGGGUGGCUCGGGAGUUGACCUUGACUGCAGCGACUUUCCUCAUGUUGUCGGCGAAUACAACUUCCUUGUCGUCUGGCGUCUCUGCCUUCCAGAGUGGUUGUUCGCAUGGCUUCAAUACGGUCCUUUCGCGCAUCCAAGGUUCCGGGUACGAUCUAGUGACAAGCUAUUCGACCUGGGCGCAGCGCUGUGUAAACAAGCCGCUGAAGUGAGCGAAGAGCCAACUGACAACGUAUACAAGCUAUUCACUGCACCAGACGCCAAGUACCCCGUCGAGCAAUCGUGGACAGAUCCAGAAAUUGGUGCAGAGAUGGCGGGACAGGUACUCGCUGCCACUGAAACGACUUCAUCAGCUCUCGCUUUCAUAUACUACGAGGUAGCGAAGAACCCAAGCCUUCAGGAAGAGCUAUACAAGGAGGUAGCUGCUCAUGAGGGUUAUGAAGAGCUUGAUUCGUUGAAACUCCUCGAUGCAUGUAUCAAAGAGGGUCUGCGCUUCCGCCCACCUGUCGCUCUCACAGGUUCACGCCUCGUCCCCGCUGGAGGUAUCAACGUCCUUGAUUAUCACCUCCCUGCCGGUACUGUUGUAACUACACAAUCCCUUAGCAUGUCUCGUCAGCGCCCCGAUCUCUUCCCCGACUUCGAUACCUACAACCCGCGACGCUGGCUCGUCGAGGACGAAUAUAGCGCCGAGCGUCGGAAGAUGCUUGUGCCUUUCGGUGUAGGAGCGAGGCGCUGCCCAGGAGGAAAUAUGGCGACCUAUCAGAUGAGACUCAUCUUGGCGGCGACAUUCAGAGCGUUCAGAAUUGAACUUGCACCUGAGACAACACCAGAGAAGAUGGCGCCGUUCGAGGCAAACGGAUACCGAAGUAGGCAUGAUCGAUGUGAUCUGAUGUUCAAGCCUAGGACUGCGUGA